CCCGUCCGUGUCUGUGUUUACAACUGAGUACAACAGUGCCAUUUCUCGAUAUUACACAGCUCAAAAAUAUAUUUGUCCAAACACCUUAUAAUAAUCAUGAUUUUCCCACAAUCACAGUCAUUCACCCACCUAUCCACCUUCCCGCUUCCCUCGAAGCACUAUCUUCACCCAAAAGCAUGUAACCCAGCAAUGGACCUCAUCGUCCUCCUCUCCUCUUAUCCCGCCCCGACUACGGCGCCUGCCCCGACGCCCAUGCAGCUGCACAUGAUGCGCAUGAGGGGACUUGGCGGUAAUCUAAAAGAUGAAGGAAAGACAAAGGUUUCGCUUUGGCGAACAGGGGGUGAUAAGGUGUGGGAGAUUGACGUUGGUGGAAGAGUCACAGGAAUGGCCUGGAUGGAGGAUGGAUUACAUCUUUCGUUACUGGUGAUUAACUCUAGCAAAAAGACAACUGAGACGCUAUCAGUACACAGUGGAGAAGUAGCACGGUCUGUGCCCUUGGAACUGGAUGUGCCAGAUCUGCAAGAUGGACAGUGGUUGGAUAUGGAAUAUCGAGAUAGCGGCUUACGAUGGGAAAAGCCUCUGAAUGGAUCCGCCCCAAUGAUUAUCGACUCUUUACCUCGGGUCACCCCGGUCGAACCUCCAAAGCCCGUCAACGUUUUACCGUUCAUGCGACCAAAAGAACAAGUAGCCCCCAAACCCACCCUUCAUCCCAGACUCAUCUCUUUCCCGGCCCUCUUACCUGCAAACCCUCCCACACCUCCCACCGUCCUGCACAUCCAGCCAGGACAUGCAUCAUCGAUCUCGCUCCUAACGGGUACAUUUCAACUCCCUUCCAUACCUUCUGCAGAGCUUCUUUCGCUUGCGCAAGUUUCGGAUAGGAUAACGGGCCUACUCGAUAUCGUUCUUCGAGGGUUGGAAAGUGCAGAAGCGGCAUUUCGAGAUGGGGAGAAGCAGACAAUGAUACAUCGGGAAGAUCUGGAAACAUGCGCCAAGCAACAAGGAACAUCGAUUCCCGAUGUGUAUGCGGAUCUUUUUCGAUUUCUCAUGACAGGACGAACAGGGGUUGCGGUGAGCGAAUGGUUGGGCAGCCGUAUGACUCCUAGGACAAUCGCCAAAUGGGAGUCUACCAUGGAUAGUUCAUACCGCACGAUCCAGAAGUUAAUAUCGGAGAGUAUAACGCCGGCUCUCGAGAGGAUACUGUUACUACUGGAGGAGAUUAAAGGAUGGUCUUUAACACGCAGAUAUAUCGAAAACUUAAACCUGGGAAGCUCGUCCGCCAUCCAAAGGUGUAUGGAUCUUGUGUCAGGUCUGGGGAAGCUCGUAGAAGGAAUGCGAGUUCGUGCGAAACAUGAAUGGAUGGCUGCUUCAGAAUUCAUGAAGUGGCUGAAAUACGAGGCGUCGCGUACUACCAUCCAAGAUCGCUCGACAGACGAUUAUCCCUAUGCAGUGCACGAUCUCAAAUACGUUUGGGCAUUUAUGGAGAAUGGAUUCAUCAGACCUCCCUUCCGCCGCCAUUUCCCCGAGUUGAUAGAAAGGGAAAGACCACCUCAAGAUCUCUUACCGGAAGAGUUUAUAUCGAGACUAGGUGUAAAGCCGGAGAAAAGGCUGUUAUCAGAGGUCUUGCAAGAGACGUUGACAUGCUUAAAGAAACCACCAGGAUCGGGAUCUGGAUGUGAAUCUCAAGUCAUGACAUCCCAAAGUGAUCGGCAGUCUGCAAGUCAGUCCAUAUCAAUGUCCUUGACAGCCGCUGAGGACGACUCUUUGUUCCAUGAUGAGUCUGGUGUUGCCAACUUGUCGUUAUCUUCGUCCGUCGAUACCGUCGCGGCGCCCAAAGACGAUCUUGCACACCGAGAAGGGGAAGAAGGAGAGAAAACAGUUGCGAGGACACUAGAGGAAGAGCCAUGGGUAUGGGCGAAUACGGUAGUGGAGAAAUGCGAAGAGUUGGUAAAGAAUGCAGCGGGCAAAGAGAGUCGAGAUGUGGAACGUCCAGAUCGGGGUGUGAAAGAGUGGGCAGGGAUGAAGGAUGUAAGAGUUGUAGGGGGCGGUGGGACGUGGAUGGCGUUAUUAUCGGCAAACUCAAAUGAUAAUGAGCAAAUGUGGAUCAUUUACGAUCACCCGGAAGAACCUGCACGUAUUACCGCUUGUCAACUCCACUCUGAGGAAGAAUCUGCGACAUGCCUCGCAAUACAGUUCUUUGACGACGAAGAAUUGGUGCUGUUACUGGAAGAAACCGAAUCUGGGCAAAGGUACCUGGUGACAGUGAGGUAUGCAGAUCUCCUAGAGGAUAUGAGCAUCGUGCCCGAGGAUAUGGGUAUGUGGGACGUUUCUAUGUUGGUGGAAAUGGGUAAGAGGGAAGUAACAGAACUUCCCGCUAUUCCUAUCGCUCGAUGCAGACCACUGGCCACUCGGCAUCCUCAGACUGUCUCCGUUGCUCUAAAUGGACGUAAAGGGCGACGAUUAGGCUGUAUAUUAGUAGAGACUGAGGACGACAGACAAAUCGAGGUGUUGGAUCUUGAUGCGGAUGAGGAUGAAGAGGAGGAGGGUGAGGAACCGGAGGAGGAAGAUGGUAUAGAGUAUGGGGGACAGCACUGGGACGGGGAUGUGGUGUGAUUUGUAGUUUACAUGAGCAUGGUCGUUUAGUCCGCAUUCAAAUAUUAUAGCAUUAGGCAUAGGACUUUUCUAUACUCAAGCUUCGGCUUCUGACCCUCCGUAAUCAUCGUCCGGAUCAGGAAUGGUAUAUAUUGGCUCCUUGAACGAGCCAUCUUCCCCUUUG